AGCGAUUAACAGUCAUGUGACUUGAUGUCCCACGCCUUCUUGGUGCUUCCCCUCCCUGCUUCCCCUCGCACUCACAGCCUGUGGGCCAGGUGGAGCUCACAGGCGGGGUACUUCGCAGCCCGGAAUCUAGGUUUUCUAGUCCUGAGGAUGCUAGAAGGGUGGAGCCAGCUUCGGUGGACUAAAAUUUAGAAUGAGAAAAUGAGGGAAGCGUGCAGAGACUGGUCCUCCGCUUAGAGCCCAGGGAUGCGCUCAUCAGGACAGAGAACUAAGCACAUGGACUGGAAAUUGGAAGGGAGUGCCCAGAAAACAGAGUCACAUGUGCUGCAGGAGCAAGAAGGCAUCCUAGAGGACACAGGCGAAGAUGGCAUCUCUGAAAGCUUCCAGCUUCUACAGAUUGAUGUGGAAUGUGAGCUGCAAGAGGGAGAGACCCUGCCCACAGGCAGUGCAGUGUGGUGCUCGAAAAAUGUCCAAAGAAAACAGAGACACUGGGAAAAAAUAGUUGCAGCAAAGAAGAGCAAAAGAAAGCAAGAGAAAGAAAGAAGAAAAGCCAAUCGUGUAGAAAAUUCAGGCAUCUGCCCCCAGCACAGCAAACGUUUUCUGAGAUCCUUAACCAAGGAGAAACUUUUGGAAGCCAAACACUCAGGACCAAGGCUCUGUAUUGAUUUGAGUAUGACCCACCACAUGUCUAAGAAGGAAUUAAGUAGACUGGCUGGACAGAUCCGAAGGUUGUAUGGUUCAAAUAAAAAAGCUGACAGGCCAUUUUGGAUCUGCCUUGCUGGAUUCGCAACAGACAGUCCCCUGUAUGAAGAGUGUUUGAGGAUGAAUGACGGAUUUUCUAGUUACCUGCUCGACAUAACAGAAGAAGACUGUUUUAGUUUAUAUCCCCUGGAAACCCUUGUGUACCUGACUCCUGAUGCAGAACAUGCUCUUGAAGAUGUUGAUCUAAACAAAGUUUACAUCCUUGGUGGACUUGUGGAUGAAAGCAUUCAGAAGAAAGUGACGUUUCAAAAGGCCCAAGAACACUCUGUCAAGACAGCACGCCUGCCAAUCCAGGAAUACAUGGUCAGACGCCAGAAUGGGAAAAACUAUCAUUCAGAGAUAUUGGCCAUCAAUCAAGUAUUUGAUAUCCUGUCCACUUACUUUGAGACUCAAAACUGGCCCGAAGCAUUGAAGAAAGGAGUUUCUUCCAGAAAAGGCUAUGUUCUUCAGAACUCAGUGGAAUGAUGGCAGCCUAAGAUUGCAGCUGCAGGAAGUGAAGUUGCUGGAGUGGCCUUGACCAAAGAGCAGAGCGAACAGUGGUGGUGGCACACUUUUGCCUUUACUUGACAUCUUGGAUAUUCACUAGAAUAUAGGUUACUAGUAACAGGGACAUUUUAUGCUCUUUUUUAAUCUCCCAUAGUGCCUGGCUCACAGGAAGUGCCCCCAGAUAUAUGUUGACUAAAAGUUUAUGGUAACAAGAAAUUAGCUCAACUACAUGACUUUGGAUGUGUUAACUCAUUUUUGUACAUCUAUUUGUGAAAACCCUUUUAAUGAUGGUUUAAAUCAUUAUUGUUGUAUCAAGAGUUUAAUUUUCACUGAACUGGUAUCAAAGUUGAAUGACUUUCCAGCUCCUUUUGAUCAUGUUGUACAUGUGCUUUGCAGGAUCUGCCUGUCCUAAUCUAGCCCUGCUUUAAGCCCCAUAGCACUGUUCCCACCUGUGGCUCCUACCCUGUCUCCCUUGCUCUGCAUAUGGGCAUGGAGGGCUUCUCUCUUCCUAACUGUAGUCCCCUCUAAAAGGACAAUUUGUGGAAGUACCUUCGUAUCCUCUGAGCCUUGUACAAACUAGAUUCUUCAUAUAUACUUAUCAGGUCAAACGGAACAGCGAAAACACAGUAUUGAUAAGUCUAAUUUGAAAAUAACCAAAAAAUACAUUUUAUCUGACACAAGCA